AUGCAAUCGCUUCUGCAGUAUCGAAGGGCUGGUGCUGCGGCUCAGGCGCAGAUUGAUCGUGAUAUUGGCAAGGCGAGACAGCACACGACAUCCAACGCUGGGCGCGAUAUCGAAGCUGCGCGGGAAUGUCGAAAGUCUUUGGAUGAGAAGGACGAGCCGAGUCCUGGGCGGUUGCCUCCUAUCACUGAAGCAGAUACAUAUGCUUCGAGCGAUGAGAUUCCCGAACAGUCGCUGCAGCAGAUUGUAACGGCACAAACCAUUCGACAGUGCAUGUCCGGAGGAAUUGCUCUGGGCCAGGUCCUCACAGGAAUUAAUGUCCAAGAUCACAAGAACGACAAAGGUCACGAAGGAAAGGUUUUCGUGGUUGGUUGGGAGGGUCCAGACGAUCCUCUUGAUCCUCACAACUGGUCCGUUGGAAGACGGAUUGGUGUGACGCUGCAGAUCUCCAUCAUUGCUCUUUUUGUCGGAGCAGCAUCCGGAAUUGAUGCGACUGUUCUUCCGCAAGCUGCAGAGUCGCUUGGAGUCAGUGAGGUUGCUGAAUCUCUCGCAACAGGCCUUUACUUGGUUGGGAUGGGCCUCGGUUCACUAAUAGCAGGCCCCUUCUCCGAAACAUUUGGUAGAAAUGCAGUUUACAUCUUCUCCAUGGCAAUCUUCAUGAUCUGGAUCAUGGCAUCAGCUCUCGCACCCAACUUUGGUGCGCAAAUCACGUUCCGCUUCUUGGCUGGCUGCUCAGCUUCAACACCGCUGGUUUGCUCCGGAGGUUCUAUCGCAGAUAUGUACAACAGUCUCGAAAAGACCUGGAGCUUUCCUCUGUAUGCUGUAGCUGGUUUUGGUGGACCGAUGCUUGGUGCUGUAAUGGGCGCUUACAUCGGACCAUCGAGCGCUGUGAGCUGGCGAUGGACUGAGUGGACUAUGCUUAUAGCAUCAGGGCUUGUUCUUGUACUAGUCCUGCUCUUCAUGCCUGAGACGUACGGCCCACUUCUCUUGCAGUGGAAAGCAGCUCAUUACCGGCGGAUCACUGGAGAUGACCGGUUUCGAUGCCAGCAUGAGAUUGCUGAUGCUAGUCUCUUCAGCAGACUCAAAGUCAGCAUGACGCGGCCCUUUCUGAUGCUGACUGAACCCAUCAUUAUUGCCAUGACGAUAUACAUCAGUGUGCUGUAUAUUGUACUAUUCACCUUCCUUGUCGGCUGGCCGUAUAUAUUUGAGAAAACGUAUGGCCUUGACCAGGGACUCGCCAACAUCAUUUUCAUCGCCAUGUUUCUCGGAACGCAGAUCAACUUCGCUUUUGUUCCUAUCGUCUACCGCAAGACACUGCGAGCGACCCAGAACCAGGGAGAUGGCCACCUCAAGCCUGAAAUACGUCUCUGGUACGCCAUGCUCGGUGCAGCUGCUGCGAUCCCCAUCUCGCUCUUUUGGCUCGGUUGGACCAACUACUCUAGCAUCAGCAUCUGGUCCGCCAUUUUCGCCGUGGUUCUUUUCGGUUAUGGCGUCACGGGUAUCUUUAUCUGCGUUUACAUGUACAUCAUUGACUCUUACGAGAUAUACUCGGCAUCGGCACUAACGUUCGUGUCUUUGACCCGUUAUAUGAUCGCUGGAGGAAUGACAGUAGUGGGCAUACCGUUCUACGAAAACAUGGGCACCCACUAUACAUUGACCAUCAUGGCAUGUUUCGCGGUGGUAUUGGCGGCGAUUCCUUACGUCCUGUACUUCUAUGGACACAAGAUAAGGGCAAAGAGCAAAUAUGCAUUCACACACUAGAUGGACAACCAACAUUCAGGCUCCCAGAUGG